AUGAGGAAGAUGAAGCUGCAGGAUGAAGAUGAAGCCGCGGUCCCCCCGCAGCCGGGAGCUCCCCGCAAACCUCGCUCACCGCCGGUGGAUCCGGCCCCCAGCCCCGGGCUCACCUCGGCAGCCUCGGAGCGCUCUCAGCAUCCCCUCCGCGCUGGGCUGGAGCAACCGGAGCUCCCUCCCCGGCCACGGCACCUCCUGGCCCCGCCGGGCCCGGGGGGACCCGCCCGCCGCUGCCCCGGAGCCCCCCAGGAGCCCCCGCUGGGCACCGGCUCCUCCCGGCGGCUCCACCCCGAGCGCGGCCGCUGGGACCCCUCGGCACCCUCAGGACACCCCCAGGGCACCCCCAGGGCACCCCCGGCGGCUCCGCCAGCGCUCAGCGCUCCCUCCUUCCCCUCUCCCCUUCCAGGACGGAGCCAUCGGGCCGAGAGAACAAUAGCGGCGCUGGAAAACAAUGGAGCGGCCGCCGCUCCCCGCGUAGCGAUGCGGGCAGGACGCGGGGCAGGAAUCCCGGGAGCAGCGCAGCAUCCGCGGCUCGGGCUCCCGAAGCUCCUGAGGCUCCUGAGGUUCUCCCAAAGCUCCCCCAAAACUCCUGAGGUUCUCCUGAGGUUCUCCCAAAGCUCCCGAGGUUCUCCUGAGGUUCCCCGAAAGCUCCCGAGGUUCUCCUGGGGUUCCCGAGGUUCUCCUGGGGUUCCCAAGGUUCCCCUGAGGUUCUCCUGAGGUUCCCGAGGCUCUCCAAAGCUCCUGAGGUUCUCCUGAGGUUCCCGAGGCUCUCCUGAGGUUCCCGAGGCUCUCCAAAGCUCCUGAGGUUCUUCUGGGGUUCCCGAGGUUCUCCUGAGGUUCCCGAGGCUCUCCUGAGGUUCCUGAGGCUCUCCAAAGCUCCUGAGGUUCUCCUGGGGUUCCCGAGGUUCUCCUGAGGUUCCCCUGAAGCUCCCGAGGUUCUCCCGAGGUUCUCCCGAGGUUCUCCCGAGGUUCUCCUGAGGUUCUCCCUAGGUUCCCGAAGCUCCAGAGGUUCCCAAAGUUCCCCCAAAGCUCCCCCAAAACUCCCAAGGUUCUCCCAAAGCUCCCCUGAGGCUCCCAAGGUGCUCCCGAGGUUCUCCUGAGGUUCCCCCAAGGCUCCCCUGAAGCUCCCAGGGCUCUCCCGAGGUUCCAGAGGUUCCCCCGAGGUACUCCCAAGGCUCCCCCAAAGCUCCCGAGGUUCCUGAGGCUCCCCCAAGGUUCCCCCGAGGUUUUCCUUAGGUUCCCCUGAGGUUCCCAAGGUUCUCGAGGUUCUGGAGGUUCUAGAGGUUCCGGA